AUGAAGAUGAACACCACUGGGGUUUUCUUGACUUUCUUGUGCGGGGUAGCUACCGCCGCGGCCUGCUUCGGCCUGCUCCUGCUGCAUGUUCCGUGCCCCCGCAGCCUCUUGCCGGCAGAGCAAGAGCUCAUCUUGGGUAGGAGUAUUAACAGAACACACGCUGAUCCCAGCACCAAAAAACCUGCCACGGCCUCUGCUCCAGCUCCAGGUGACGAGAAGCUCCUGGAGCUGCUGAGGCGAGCGUCCAUGGACGACCUUGACAAGACCGUCAUACUAACCUUCGCGAGCCAAGCAUGGACGGCGCCGGGGUCGCUCCUGGACCUCCUCCUCGAGAGCUUCCGCCAGGGCGUGGGCACGGAGCCCCUGUUGAAGCACCUGGUCAUCGUCGCCGACGGCGCCAAGGCAUACGAGCAGUGCCAGCGCGUGCACCCGCUCUGCUACCACCUGCAACUGGAACCCGGCGGCGUCGACUACGUGGCGCAGCAGUCGUACAUGGCCAAGGGCUACCUCGAGAUCGUGUGGCGCAAGUUCCUGUCCCAGGCCCGGGUCCUCCAGCUCGGCUACAGCUUCGUCUUCACCGACAUGGACAUCAUCUGGCUGCGGAACCCGCUGCUGCGCAUCCCCAUCGGCGUGGACCUGGCCAUGUCGUGCGACAGGUACUACGGUAACCCCUACGACCUCGACAAGUGGGCCAACUCCGGGUUCAUGUACAUCAAGGCGAGCGCCAGGAUGGUGGCGUUCUACGAGAGCUGGUACGCGGCGCGGCUGUCCUAUCCGCGCACGCACGAGCAGUUCGUGUUCCAGAGGGUGAAGGACACGCUUUCGGCGAAGCACGGCAUACGGGUGCAGUUCGUCGAAACGGCGUACCUCACCGGGUUCUGCCAGCUCAGAAAAGAUUUUAACAAGGUGUGCACGGUGCAUGCUAACUGCCUCGUGGGGCUCAAGUCCAAGCUGGAGAAGCUCACGGAAGUCUUCAACGAGUGGAAGGAGUUCAAGAAGAAGGCUGGUUUGCUAGGCAGCAACACUACCACUGCCCUAACUCACUGA